UGAUAUGCCGCGUGCCUUCCACGGUGGUACACGCAUACAGACCUCCUCCCUCUUCCCAAAUCAAUGCCGCCACCACCGCCACCGUCUCCGAUUCUGGCCUUCUCCACCACUAAUCAGUGUCAUCAAUCACCAGGUCGGCCCCCUCUCUCUCUCUCUUCUCUGUCGAUUACCCGCAGCUGCACUUACCUUCUGCCGCCGGGCCGCGGCCAACCCUACCCAGGCUCGGUUCGCUGAUAUAGCGGUCGUCGGCGUCACCUCCCGCAGCUCCUGCGACUACCAGCACGCCCAUCUGUGCAGCCUCUAUUCUUGCUUCUGCUCAUGGUCCGCCACUUCGACACCCUGGCCUCGAGUUCAUGUGCCGGCUGGACGGAGCGGGUCGUCCGUAUCCCCAUCCAAGGACCUUGGUCCCAUCAGGUCCUUGCUAUUGCGGUUUCGUUGGCUACUCUUCGGCUACUACCUCGGGCGCCGCUACCGUGCAAUGAAGGCGAUUUGCCGACUUGGACAUUCUGCAACCGCCGUGAUGCAAUCACGCCCUGGCCGACUGUGAUGGUGGCCAUCGGGCUGUGGUGGUGAGCUCCGCCCUCUACUUGGAUUUCAAAGUAUCGGACAGCAGUUUCGUUUUCAGUUAGCCCACGGACAUUGGUAUUCUUUGGUUUUCAUGACCAAAUCACCUGGUUUGUUUACAUUUUCCCAAGCCUAUAACCACUACCACCAAACCGUAUGUUCCUUAUUCAGUUCAGAUUUCAUUUGAUCUGUGCCUGGUAGGUGCCCAGUUGUUGAAAUGCCUUGCCGCAGUUCUUGGUUUGGGGGGCCAAUCGGCAAAAGGAUCGACCUCAUCGAGCCCAUUGUAGGAGGCCACUCAAUGUCAAGAGGAACAUAUGAACCAGAAUUUUGAGGUGUUGAUCUGGUGCAACAGACACUAGUAGGAAAAGCUUCAU